UAGCAGACAACCUCGUUCCUCUUAAAUGGAGUUGCGUAAAAAGCACGUUGGACCACUGCUCGGCGCUCGCGUACCAUUUCGGUCUACCGCUCCAUCCUGCCACUGCGCUCAGAUCCGGUCAUCCGAAAAGCUUCUACUCACCAGAGCGCAUUGACAGCAGCGAUGUACAAGUAGCCUACUACCAUCGAAAGCGCCGCCUCGUUACUGUAUUCCUCAGAAGAAAGGAUGCGGUGACGCUGGAACAAGACAGAGCAGCUCUGUAGUAGCCUACUGUACAACAAUUCCAAUCCGGAUUUACAUGAAAUCCCCAACUGUCUCUACCAGAGCAUUGUUGUAAUCCGCUUCUGAACAGAGGGAACACCCCGUUUUUUCCAAUCAGGUUUCAGAUUGAUUCUUCACCUUGCUUAGAGAGGAUAGGCACCCUGGACUGUAUUCGGAGCUGAGAGAGGGCUGAGGAGUUUGGAGCUGCUCUGAGCUGAAACCCUACAAAUUAAAUAUGCCAGCCUUGCUCUAGUAUUUUUCAUUAUUUUGGUUUUAUUUUCUACCUAUUACACAGCAGGACAUGGUGCAUAUGACAACUGUAUUUAUCCAGUAACCAAAUAGUUUGAAGGUAUCCCUUUUCGAAUGCCAACUCAACAAUGAACUCUAAUGCAGGGCCUUACCGGCACAACGCCUACGGAGGUAGCCCGAGCGGCAACUGCGGGCGUGGCGCCGUGACCAUCCACUGUCUCCGCUGCCGGGAGGUCUGUAAGGGAGAGGUGGUUCGUGUGCAGAAUGUCCACUUCCAUGUCAAGUGCUUCACCUGCCAAGUGUGUGGCUGUGACCUGGCCCGUUCAGGCUUUUUCCAGAAGGGAAGAGAGUACAUCUGUACAGAGGACUACCAGCGCCUCUAUGGCACCAAGUGUGACAGCUGUGGAGACUUCAUCACAGGGGAGGUGGUCUCUGCGCUGGGGCGUACCUACCACCCCAAGUGUUUUGUCUGCAGCAUGUGCAGAAAGCCUUUCCCUAUCGGAGACAGGGUGACCUUCUGUGGGAAGAAGUGUGUCUGUCAGCAGUGCUCCCAUUCGCUAGUCAGCAACGCGCCGGUCAAGAUCCACGGACCCAGCCACUGUGCAGGCUGUAAGGAGGAGAUCAAACAUGGCCAGUCUCUCUUGGCCCUGGAGAAGCAGUGGCAUGUCAGCUGCUUCAAGUGUCAGACCUGUGGCACUGUGCUGACCGGGGAGUACAUCAGCAAGGAUGGUAUUCCAUACUGUGAGACUGACUACCACACCCAGUUUGGCAUCCAGUGUGUGACGUGUAACAGAUACAUCAGUGGCAGAGUGCUGGAGGCAGGGGGAAAGCACUACCACCCCACCUGUGCCCGUUGUGCCCGCUGUCUCAUGAUAUUUACAGAAGGAGAGGAGAUGUACCUGACAGGUUGCGAGGUGUGGCAUCCUGUGUGUAAACAAGCAGCUCGAUUGGAGAAGAAACUCAGAUUCAGACGUACCUCGGAGGCCUCCGUAUCUCCCCCUGGGUCCAGCAUCGGCUCCCCGAGCCGCAUCAUCUGUGCCAAAGUGGAAAACCAGGUCCUAAGUUACAAAGAUCUGGCCGCACUGCCUAAGAUUAAAGCUAUUUGUGACGUGCAGCGGCCCGAUCUCAUUCCCUGUGAGUCUUAUCACAGAUACUCCUCUGAUGACAGACUAGAACGCUACAGCUAUGGGGAGUCUCUGGGAACUCUCUCUCCAAACUCUCAGGACGUCUAUGACAGGGUGGAGCUGAGACAAAGGCGCUCCUCCAGCCCAGGCUUCAAUGACUCUCCCACCUACAGCCGCCAGGGCAUGUCUCCCACCGUGUCCACUUCCUGCUCGCCACAGCACCGCUUCCGCCCCGAUGAUUCAAACUACUCGGCCACUAAGAGUAGAGCCAGCGACAACAUCCUCCAGACUUCCCAGUUUCCUGACUCGUACUCUCCUGACCACGACCACCAGCAGUCUAACUACUACCCCUACACUCACUCUCCCAGAGCUACUUGUGCCCGGAGGUUUUCCUCAGGUGGAGAGGAGGAUGGGUUGAAUCAAAGUCUUAACAGACUCCAAGGUGGUAUAGGCCGUAUGAUUCUGAAGGAGGAGAUGAAAGCCAGGUCUGGUUCCUAUGACAAUGACCCGUGGAGCAGCGCACGGAACUCCCGCACCAACUCCCGCACCAACUCCCGCAGUGGCAGCAAAGAGGCCCUGCACAAUGUGGGCUACGGCAACACUGUUAACGGAUCUCCCACCAGAUCCCACUACAGUACAGACAGUGACUCCUUCAUCUCCAAGUCAGCCUCGUUGCCAGGCUAUGGCAGGAACGGACUGCACAGGCCCCAGGGUGCAGAUUAUUUCCAGUACGACAGCAGCAGUGCAGUUAACUGGGGAAUCCGAGAAUACAAAAUCUACCCAUAUGAUGUGUUGGUGGUCACCAUAAGGAGGCAGAACCAGCCCCCCAAUGACGUGGACAGAGCCAGACUAGAGCGCCACCUGUCUCCUGAGGACUUCUACCGGGUGUUUAGGAUGACUAUGCCUGAUUUUGACCGGCUGGCACUGUGGAAGAGAAACGAGCUCAAGAAACAAGUCCGACUGUUCUGAAAGGAUCAGACUGUAGAAGCUCAGUAUAGCAGCCUGCUGGGCUUAACGUUAGAGGGGCCUGAGUCCUCACUGAGAGCCAUAAUAACCAGUCUGGGUAGUCCUCGAUCCAUCAGGUCAGAGUCACAGCAGAACCAGAACUAAAACCAGCUUGGGUUCUAGCCAUAGAAAUAGAAUGAGUUGUAAUGAUAUAGUUCUGUUGUUCCAGGACAUCCUCCGAGCCAGAGAAAUCCAGCCAGCCUGAGUCUAUACAUCAAUAAUAUAUCUCUGGAGAAAGAGGAGUAACAGGCUCCUCCCCCUGAGCCAUGUCUGUUUGUGGGAGAACUAGACCAGGCUAGUUCUGCCUAUGCUUUCAGUAUUAUGUGUUUGCUUUAUUAGGGGGAGUUUAACUAUAGUUCAUGGCUGUCAUGUCAUGAGGUUAUAGAAGAUUUUAACCCUUUUCAGGUUGCAGGUUUGGAGAGCUCUGAGACAUUAUCUUAUGAUCAAGCAGGAAAGAGAACACCAGCAAACUGUCCAAACAGAACGUUCUACCAGAUAAACUCUGUCCUUGCUUUUCUUUACUCUAAAUAUAUUGUUUCAUUCAGACUUUUUAUUUUUUAUUUUUUACAUUGAGACUAAAACGUUGUAUUUCUUAAUAGAGCAAGGGUCCCCCACAGAGUGAAAGGCUAGAUCGAUGUAUUGUGGGAGUACAAUUUAAGAAAAUGUGUGGAACAUUGUGUGUUUACUGAAAAAAACAAAGUUAUACAACUAUAUUAAGAACCAAUUAGUUUGUUUGCAUGUGUUGUGUUGUUUUAGAUAGCAACAUGCUUAAAGAGCGACUGUCCCUAAAAAGCAACUUCUCUUUUUGAAAACAGCCUAUGUGGCAUCGAUAUGAGUCAAAAUCAUUGAUUCAAGUGUUAAAAUUGACCACAAAGUGUAAAUAGGAUAGUUUUGGUCAUAAUGUCAGUCUCAUCCAAAAUCAGAGAUUUGCGAGAUAAUAGAAAAAAUGUUAUGUCACGGAAUGAAGGGUGCCCUAACAGAAUGAAGGGUACCCUAACAGUUUUCCUUGAGUUGGGUUUAUUUCAAUGUGGUUUGACAUUUUAAAUCCCUAUGGGGCUAGUUAAGGACCAUCAGUAAAUUACACAAUGUACAUGGAACAAUCAUUUAAAAUAUUAAUAGCUCCAAAUUUUAAAAGAAGAAGAAAAUGUACUACUUUAAAAUGAAGAUAGCCUGGGCAGCACCUUUUAGGCUGUCACAGACACUAUAAUGGCACAAAUACAAAGAUGAGUCCAUCUAUCACUAUGGCCUCUUGUUCGCACACGUAUCUGCCCUCUCAUUGGCUAGAAUGGUUCCACCUGAUCUCGCCUACUCCCACCUGCUUUCUGUCUUUGAGGACAUGUAUUUCCAUUGUUAGAGCGGUCAAUCGACUAUCUUGUCAAUAUAAUAGACAAUCUUUGCUACGUGGGAACACACACACAAAAGACACCCACUUUAGCCCCCCCGUUUGGCUUCAGUCAUGGUCUUCUUAAUGACCAAGCCAAAAAAUGAGGCCAAAUCAGGAACUUCAUCUCCCCUUUAAACAGACUGAAUGCAUGUUUCCAGAGAAUAUAAAACCAGGCUCUUGUCUACAUACUAACAGUUGAUUGUUUUACUAAAUUGACGGGAAGGAUCCAAACAAUGUAAUGUAUGUAUUGUAGUUUUGGAUUAUUUAAUCUUAUCAAUUUCAAUUGAACCAAAGGGUUUCAUUUACAGUAAUGGAAUAUCAUGUUAUGAUUGGAUCUUGAAUUGUAUUCAGAGCUGGGAUUGUAGUGAGGAUAAAAGCUGCCGUGACUGACUCUUCAUGGGGAGACAUGACCUGAUUCUAACUCAGCACAUGGAGACAGAGAUAAUGAAUAGAGAUAUACAUUAAUUAGAUGGAAUCUGCCUGUGGAGGAAAGUGGAUUGAAGGGAUCGGAGACCAGAAGUCUGGAUUAGAGAUGAAAUAGAGGAAUGGAUCUGAAUUAGAUUACAACUGAAAGGGAUUGAAUGAACUCUUCCUUGAACAAUACCAAGGUGAGGAGGGAAGGAAUCGAGGUGAGAAGAGAAGGAAUGGAGGUGAGAAGGGAAGGAAUCGAGGUGAGACGGGAAGGAAUGGAGGUGAGGGAAUUUUGUGGAUGUUGAAGUGGAAUUGAUUUGAUGGAAUUGUCCUGAUUGGUUUAUGUGGAUACCAGUCCAAAUGACAACCAGGGUCCUGAUAUAAUUUGUUUUUGUUUUUGUUUCAUACAGUGCGAUCUAAAUCAACUUAGGGGGUGAAAUGAUUACUGGUUGCUAAAGAAUACACUAUAGUGUGCAUACAGUAGAACAAAACCUUCUCCUGUUGGGUUUUGAAGAUGUGACUCCUAGUUAUCUCCUGUUGGGUUUUGAAGAGGUGACUCCUAGUUAUCUCCUGUUGGGUUUUGAAGAGGUGACUCCUAGUUAUCUCCUGUUGGGUUUUGAAGAGGUGACUCCUAGUUAUCUCCUGUUGGGUUUUGAAGAGGUGACUCCUGUUGGGUUUUGAAGACGUGACCCCUAGUUAUCUCCUGUUGGGUUUUGAAGAGGUGACUCCUAGUUAUCUCCUGUUGGGUUUUGAAGAGGUGAUUCCUAGUUAUCUCCUGUUGGGUUUUGAAGAGGUGACUCCUAGUUAUCUCCUGUUGGGUUUUGAAGACGUGACUCCUAGUUAUCUCCUGUUGGGUUUUGAAGAGGUGACUCCUGUUGGGUUUUGAAGACGUGACCCCUAGUUAUCUCCUGUUGGGUUUUGAAGAGGUGACUCCUGUUGGGUUUUGAAGACGUGACCCCUAGUUAUCUCCUGUUGGGUUUUGAAGAGGUGACUCCUAGUUAUCUCCUGUUGGGUUUUGAAGAGGUAACUCCUGUUGGGUUUUGAAGAGGUGACCCCUAGUUAUCUCCUGUUGGGUUUUGAAGAGGUGACUCCUGUUGGGUUUUGAAGAGGUGACCCCUAGUUAUCUCCUGUUGGGUUUUGAAGAGGUGACCCCUAGUUAUCUCCUGUUGGGUUUUGAAGAGGUGACCCCUAGUUAUCUCCUGUUGGGUUUUGAAGAGGUGACCCCUAGUUAUCUCCUGUUGGGUUUUGAAGAGGUGACUCCUAGUUAUCUCCUGUUGGGUUUUGAAGAGGUGACUCCUGUUGGGUUUUGAAGACGUGACUCCUAGUUAUCUCCUGUUGGGUUUUGAAGAGGUGACCCCUAGUUAUCUCCUGUUGGGUUUUGAAGAGGUGAUUCCUAGUUAUCUCCUGUUGGGUUUUGAAGAGGUGACUCCUAGUUAUCUCCUGUUGGGUUUUGAAGAGGUGACCCCUAGUUAUCUCCUGUUGGGUUUUGAAGAGGUGACCCCUAGUUAUCUCCUGUUGGGUUUUGAAGAGGUAACUCCUAGUUAUCUCCUGUUGGGUUUUGAAGAGGUGACCCCUAGUUAUCUCCUGUUGGGUUUUGAAGAGGUGACCCCUAGUUAUCUCCUGUUGGGUUUUGAAGAGGUGACCCCUAGUUAUCUCCUGUUGGGUUUUGAAGAGGUGACCCCUAGUUAUCUCCUGUUGGGUUUUGAAGAGGUGACCCCUAGUUAUCUCCUGUUGGGUUUUGAAGAGGUGACCCCUAGUUAUCUCCUGUUGGGUUUUGAAGAGGUGACUCCUAGUUUUCUCCUACUGGGUUUUGAAGAGGUGACCCCUAGUUAUCUCCUGUUGGGUUUUGAAGAGGUGACCCCUAGUUAUCUCCUGUUGGGUUUUGAAGAGGUGACUCCUAGUUUUCUCCUACUGGGUUUUGAAGAGGUGACUCCUAGUUAUCUCCUGUUGGGUUUUGAAGAGGUGACUCCUACUGGGUUUUGAAGAGGUGACUCCUAGUUAUCUCCUGUUGGGUUUUGAAGAGGUGACUCCUACUGGGUUUUGAAGAGGUGACUCCUAGUUAUCUCCUGUUGGGUUUUGAAGAGGUGACUCCUAGUAAUCCAAUAGAUCAUACAAUAUUCUUGGUAGCCUACAUGCAAAGCUGUCCUUUUUCUUUCAGUUGUAUUUGAAUGGUCUGGUAUGAGGUUGUGUGUCAUAGGAAGAGAUAGUUCUGAUUGUUAGUGUAUACAGCACUGCCUUUAUCAGACUCAUAUUAGUCAUACUGACUAGCAGCAGUCAUUUAGUAUAAAUAACUCUUACUGUCAUCUUUGUAAUGGCUGUUUGUUUUAUAGGUGUGUGUGUGUGUGUGUGUGUGUGUGUGUGUGUGUGUGUGUGUGUGUGUGUGUGUGUGUGUGUGUGUGU